AUGGCUAUCAUCCACGCGAAGGACGUGAAGGACGUGACGGGCAUGAUGCUCGCCCCAGCUUUAACGCUAGUGACCCCCAUGAGCGAUCGACCGAGCAGCAGUGGCGUCGAUAGCAGGGUCGCUCGUUCGGUGAAAGCUCUUCCCGUGACCGAGAUCGAGAGCCGCGUGCGGCGCAGGUCGAGCACGAUAAGGACGAGCGUAGUCCGAUUGCUGGUUUCACGCUAG